AAGUGGAAUAAUUAUUAUAUAUUUAUAUAUUUAAUUAGUUAACGGCGCUGGUUUAGCCAUGGCUACUAUGGACAUAAUUAAAUUGAACGGUGGAGCACCAGCAAAUUUUUUGGACGUGGGUGGAAACGUUAAGGAAGAUCAAGUUUAUCAAGCAUUCAGAAUCCUUAGUGAAGAUCCAAAAGUAAAAAUAAUUCUCGUAAACGUGUUCGGAGGCAUAGUGAACUGUACUAUAAUAGCAAAAGGAAUAAUAUCGGCUUCGAAAUAUUUGAAACUAAAAAUUCCAUUGGUCGUCAGACUGGAAGGUAGGUAAACUACUUAAAAAGAAUUAUAGGUACGAUAAUUAUAUUGAGAACUUAAAUUAUGUUGUUAAUUAGAAUUAUCUGAAACGAUAAACCAUCAGCUUUCGUGAUUCACGUAGUACAAAAAUUGCCAUAUU